AUGGGAAGACAAGGAACAUCAUUUUUCCAAAGCCACGUUGCCCUGAUUCAACUUUGCGCUAAGAAGUAUAACAUCAUGAAAGAAGAUAUCAGGAAGGUAGAAUGAGAACCUCUUUCUGGAAAUCCAGAGGAGGGCAGUUCCAAGGGUGAAUCAAUUGAGCAACCAACUUCACGAAAGAAAGGGUUCCGAAAAAGAAAGAGGGCCUGGAAAUGCUUCAGUGUGGGUCCGAUAA